ACCCAUUCAUUAAAAGACUCUCUCUCUUUCUCUCUCAAAAAUUUUUACAGUUAUUUUCAAAAAAAUUACAGUAAUAUAUUUGAAGUAGCUACAAAAUGGAAAGGGAUUUCAUGGGUUUGAAUUCUAAAGAAGAAGCCAUUGAAGCAGUGUUAUCAAAGGGCGUGGCGGGUCAAUGGUCUUUGUCAAAUGGUUACGAAGCCCUCCACAAUCGUCACUCCGGUGAAAAUCAGAAAAGCAUGGGUGAGAACGGCGUGCCACAAGAGCCUGUUCAGUUAACUAUCUUUUACAGGGGUAUGGUGAAUGUUUACAACGAUAUGUCCCCAGAGAAGGCUCAGGCUAUUAUGUUAUUAGCCGGUAAUGGGAGUAAGACUCAAGCUCAAGUGGGUACACCAAGAACCACCCCAGCAGGAGAUGGCGUUCACGUGAGCCAGCCAAUGAACAACCCCCUCCCAAGCCCGGUAUCUGGUGGUGAUUCUCCUGGCACAGGCUCAACAACAGCCACAGAUUCACCAAAUGUGAUGAAUUCACUUCGUCGAGUGAUGCAGUCUGCUGUUCCUCAAAUGCGUGGAGCAUCCUUGGCCCGCUUUCUUGAGAAACGCAGGGAAAGAGUGAUGAUGGCUUCGGCUCCUUACAAUCUCAACAAGAGCUCGUUAGACUCAAGCAGCAAAUCUGCAACCGGUGCAGCAGGCAACAACGAUAAGAAGUAAACGUUAUAUUUCUGGAAUUCUCUGUAACCAAUCAACUAAAGUCAUUUUGUUUUGUUAACAAAGGUCGAGUAGAUCUGUUUGUAUUCAACUGUUUCCAUGGCAAAUUAUAUGUCUUUUGAAUCGUA